AUGGAUAGAGACCCGAGAGGGGAGGAUAAGGAGGACCAGAGCGGAGCUAAGAGAUCGGAAGGGUCGGAAAAUACGGGACUGGAAGGAGUUGAGGAGAAAUCGGGAAACAGUGAUAAUAUGGAAAAAACGGAAAAAACGGAAAAAACGGAUAAAACGGAUAAAGCGGAUAGUUCGGAGUGCGGGGAAAGGACGGCGGAGAGCAGUAAGAAAAUAAAAGUUAAAAUGACGGAUGUUACGAGCCAACAGAUAACAAAAUUUCUGAAGGCAUAUAAGGAGAAACAGGAAAAGGAGAAGGCCCCAACUGGAAAGGAUGGGAAGUCUGAGGACAAUGUAACGGACCCCAAGGAGUUAAAAGGAGUAGGAAAGGACGGAAAUGAAGGCAAAGAGUUAAAGGAUAAGGAUAUGGAGGAAAUGGAGGGUAUUGAGCUGGAUGAUAAUGAGAUACAAGGCAGUGGAGACAUGCUAACUGGGGCACCGGUUAUGUCCUUCCCAUCCCCACAAGGAUGGAAAAGGGAGAGGUCCCACUCGCUCAGUACAGAUUCCAGUGGUAGGCCAACUCCUAAAAAAGAGAGAAGGGCAGUAAAACGAUUUGCAAUAGAUAAGGAUGACCUGCCAGUGGGAUUCGACGAGGCAAUGGAGGCCAAAAGAGCGGUUGAGGACGAGUUACUAGCGUAUGUGAAGGCCCAAAAAACUAAAAGUUGCAUUCACCACAGAAUAAAGGAAGACAUAGCAAAGUGGAGGAUACAGGACGAUAGGAUUAGAUGCAUAACGGCCGACACUGUGGUCGCGGAAAGAGGGUUGGCAUUGAGGAAUAGGUUUGAGGACACAGAGUUAUUAGCGGAAAAAAUUGCUAGAAGAUUGGAACAAACGGUCCUCGAGGGGGUAGGGGUCACCAUGGUCAAAACCAUGAAGGAAUCCCUAGAGAUAGCCAAUGAAGCGAGGUCAAAUGUGGAGAGUGAAGUGAUGAAUCAGCUAGAAGUUUGGAAAAGGCAAAUCGAGAGGACAGUGGAGGAAAACACCGAGCACCAAAAAUUGCAUUAUGCGGAACUAAUGGAAAGAAUGGCCAAGAUGGGCAACAAGAUAACUCAGGUGGUGGCCUGUGAAGAAGCCAGAGAGAAAAACAGAGGUACAGAGGUAAAGGAAAUGGAAAAAUUGAAAGAGGCGAUUACUAAAAAAGAAGGGAUUAUAAAAGAUAUGGCUACUAAAGCGGAGAGUAGCGAAAAGCAGAGGAAACAGGCAGUGAAAGACAUUGAAAGGCAGAUGGAAAAGAUGGAGAAAAUUCAGAGGGAGACAAGGGAGGAAUUGGGGAGGCUUGCGGAGAAGGUAGAGGGAAUAAAAUGCAUGGCCGGGACACUGCCCGAGGGCAGUGUGGACACUUUAGCGGAGAAGUUGAAAGGGAUCCAAGACGCAGUUGAUAUCAUGAGGAACACGGGGGAAAAACUAACCAAAAUAGAGAGAAAACAGAAGGAAAUGGCUGAAGAAAUAGGAACAUUGCCCAGAGAACCGAGUAUUAAAAAUUCAUAUAGCCAAAUGGUGAGGCACAAGCAAGAGGAGAGGAAGGACGACGUAAAAAUCAUCCUUGAGGACGCCAGCGAUCCUGAUGGAAAUAAAGUGAAAGAGCAGAUCAAGGAUAUAAUCAAGGACCAAGGCUGGAGAGUGCAAGGGCUGGCCAAAACGAAAACGGGGGCCAUACUAACAGUGAAAGGUACGGAAGAGGAGGUAAACAGGAGGUUGAAAGAGAUCCCAGUUAUCAGGGAGGGGAAACUGACUAUGAGGGAGGUGAAGGACAAGAAGCCCAUGGUCCGGAUCAACGGGGUGGACUCGGAUAUAAAAGAGGAGGAAUUGAUUGAGGAAAUCAGAAGUAAGAACUUUCAGGGAUGGGAUAAGGAAGUUUUUAAAAAGGCGGUUGGGAAAGGGAUUAAAAAGAAAACGAGAAACGAAAAGUUCGCAACCUGGAUAUUGGAGGUAUCAGGGCAACUGCGGCAACAAAUCUUAGAUAUGGGUACGGUAUUUGUAGCAUAUAACGGAUGUCGUGUGUGGGAUCACAUCGACAUCCUUAGGUGCUACAAGUGCCACAAAUUUGGGCACCCUGCAAAAAGGUGCGGGGAAAAGGAGGAGGUCUGUUCGUGGUGCGGGAAGACUGGGCAUAGAAGGGCGGACUGCAAGGUGGCGGCCCCCACAUGCCCAUGUUGCAGUAGUCAAAAAAUAAGGGCGGACCACGAUGUUUUUGACCACGGAUGCCCGUCAUUAAUCAGGGAAAUGGAAUGGAUUGUUAGAAGGACGGAUUACGGGGUAUGA